UACAGAAACGCCCUUGCAACCGCAAGUGUAGACACAAGCAACCAAAUAGAAGCAAAAAUUCGGCCGGUUAAGGAAGUGAAAGCCCUAUCACCAUAUCCAACUGUAGUAACCGACAUAACCGAAAGAACCCGGGUCACGAGCACUCUUGAUACUCCUCAACAGAUAACUCUCUUGCAAGUCAAGCAUGUAACUAACCAUACCACUCAACAGAAUAUCGAUAAAACCGAAACCCACAAGCACAAAUGUGAUGGAGAACAAUUUGGUCACUUUAGAAUUGGGAGUUAUGUCGCCAUACCCAAUUGUACACAUAGUCACAAUGCAAAAAUACAGAGCAUCAACUACAGGGUGUGUUUGUCUUGCCUUGAAAUGAUCCCUAUUCAGAGAGUAUAUAACCACACCAAGGCUCAAAUAGAUGAUCAAGAGAAUAAUGCCUUGCCUCACAAUAGACGUUUUAACGAGCUGGGGAGGCUUCGUUUUCGAAGAAUGAUCGAUUUCGUUGAUUGUGGCCAUUGCAGGUGCCGUUUUGGAUCUGUGGAGAUUGCUCUUGGAGAGUGUGUAAUUGGGAUCGACCAGCCAAGAGGUUUGGCUAUCCGGGUCGAUAUUAAUCGGCCCAUCGUUUAUAUUGGCAGCUGA